AUGCUUCCCUGGUCUCGCACAAAUGUAUCCUGGAGAACUAUCACUGAAACGUUAGAUACUUCAGAAGAAUCUACGACGAGACUGUUGUUGUACAUUAUAUUGCUGGUAGAGCUUUUGCUAGCUGCUGGAGUGUGUGUAAGCUACGCGCUUGCACGCUUCUUUCAUGCCUCUCAGCAUGAUGGUGAUGAACUACGUGACGCUACCAGAAGCAAUGAUGUUUUAGGAGUCAAGUUGCUUAUUGCUCGAGGAAUGAAUCCUAAUGCAUGUUCAGGAGAUGGCACGACGGCACUGCACGUUUGUGGUCAACAGGCGAUGAAUCGGGUUGCUUGCUUUCUUCUUGAGCAAGGAGCAGAUGUCAAUGUCCGUGAUCGGCUUGGAUUGACGCCAUUGCAUUGGGCAGUACAGAUGCGACGAGAGGAAAUAUCGCCUGCAAAUCGCUUGUCGAUAAUCCGGACUUUGUUGCAACACGGCGCGGAUCCUCGUAAACCUGACGCAAGUGGUAUAACCCCUUUACAGAUAGCAUGUCGAAAAGAGAAUGAGGCUUCAUUAGGAGUACUAAAAGACUUUUUGCCUGGCGAGGAGGUUGAUGCCGGACAGGCUGAAAUUACAGAUAUGAUAGAUGUUUCUGCACGUGAAAUUUAUAAUUCUGAAUGA